AUGGAUCCUUCGGGCAGUCUGCUUCCUCCCGUGGUUGGAAGUGGUGAUAUGGCUAAUGCGCAAGAAUUACAAAAACUUCUGAUUGAUGAAAAAAUGCGAUGUGAACACCAUAAGGCCAAUUAUCAAACUAUAAAGGCAGAACAUCUGAGGUUACAGGAGGAGUAUACAAAAUCACAAGAUGAACUGAAGCGGUUGUUAGUUGAGAAACAGACUGUACAUGACAAAUUUCAGGUUCUUCUUGCUGAGUAUCAAGAGCAGUUGCUGGGUAAAACACAAGAGCUGGAAAAACUGAAGAUGCAGGUGCUAACUCCUCAAAAAUUAGAGCUGUUAAAAGCAUUGGAAUUGCCUAUGGCAGAACGUUACCAGAAGCUAGAAAAUGAAGUGGAAAAAUACAGAACAGAAUAUAACAAACUUCGUUAUGAACAUACUUUUCUGAAAUCAGAAUUUGAACAUCAAAAGGAAGAACAUGCACAUAUUCUAGAAGAGAAGAAAAUAAAAUAUGAGGCUGAGAUUGCAAGGCUGGAUAAAGACAAAGAAGAACUCCAUAAUCAGCUGGUUAGCGUUGACCCCACGAGGGACAGUAAACGCGUGGAGGCACUCUCUAGAGAAAAGGCCCAACUGUAUCAGAAAUUAAAAGGCUUAGAAGCAGAAGUAGCAGAACUAAGAGCCGAAAAAGACAAUUGUGGUGUGCAAGCAGAAAAUAUCCAAAGAGUACAAGUGCGACAGUUAGCUGAGAUGCAGGCUAUGACAAGGUCUCUAGAG